AUGCUCACGGAAGCGGCAUCCGAGCUUCUUGCCCGGCCAGACCUUUCUGAACGGAUCCUUUCUCUUGAGGAUCCUGCCUCUGAGGAGCUCUUUGGAAAGUCCAUCGCCUGCAUAGAAGAAGUCUUAGGCUAUUCUAGAGUUGAUCCCAGCAAUUUCAAAACAUUUGGCCGGAGCACAUCCUCGAAGUUAGUUACCAUGAAUGCAGGACCACAAGCACCACAUGAGGAUACCUCUGGGCAGUGUUUACAAAGAGACUUUAUCCAUCAUGAGCGCACCGGCUCGAUGGAGGCAGAGCUGAUUACAACGUACCCUACCCUACUCUGUCGUUCUUCUCAGCCUUGCACGAUGACGAACAGGAGUACACAGCAAAGUUUCAAUGCCUCCCGUAGGCCAUCCAUUACUCCUGCAGCACCCGUUUUAUUUCCGAAUCUAACAGCUGAGUUUCACGCUUUAUCCUCUCACAGGUGGCAAGCACUUCCACCUCUGGAAAAAGAAAGGCGCACGGUGAGCAGGAUACCGACAAUUACCUCCACAACUAUACAAAAGACUCUGCGAUCCCUGAGUCCGCUUGGUCCUGUGAACCAACCUCCAUCUAGAAUCCCCUCUUCUCUUGGACCAGCCGAUCUUCCAAUCUGCGUUCUCUGCGCUUUGGAUCGGGGGUAUUGGCCUGAGUUUGCUCAGAUCCCAGGGGCUUCAUUGAAAGGGAGCAGUAUUCAAUGA